AUGACCGGAGGAAAGUCAGCUGGUGGAAAGGCAGGCGCAACAAAGAACGCACAAUCCCGUUCUUCCAAGGCUGGUCUCGCAUUCCCAGUUGGUCGUGUCCAUCGUCUUCUCAGAAAGGGUAACUACGCUCAACGUGUUGGUGCUGUUCUCGAGUAUCUCGCGGCUGAAAUCCUUGAGUUGGCUGGUAACGCUGCCCGCGAUAACAAGAAGACCCGUAUCAUCCCACGUCAUCUCCAACUCGCCAUCAGAAACGAUGAGGAGUUGAACAAGCUUUUGGGACAUGUUACAAUUGCACAAGGUGGUGUUUUGCCAAACAUUCAUCAAAACCUUCUUCCAAAGAAGACUGCUACCAAGGGUGCCGGUGGAAAGCCUGCCAGUCAAGAGCUAUAG